GAACUUUUUUCCCUAGCGGCUGCAACAGCAACACCGUGAAAGCCGCAUACAUACUCACCCGACACCUCUACCAAAAUGGCUUCAACUUCCGCAGCCGCGCCCGCUGAGAACCAGUCUACUCAGGAGAAGGCGUCCACUCAGAUGCCGACCUCCAUCGUCGUCGUCGGCAUGGCCGGCUCCGGCAAAACAACCUUCAUGCGACGCAUCAACUCGUACCUGCAUGGCAAGAAUGAUCCGCCAUACGUAAUCAACUUGGACCCGGCUGUGCUCAAUGUUCCUUUCGAGAGCAACAUCGACAUUCGCGACUCGGUCAACUACGAGGAGGUCAUGAAACAGUACAACUUGGGACCGAACGGCGGAAUCUUGACGUCCUUGAACCUCUUUGCCACAAAGGUCGACCAGAUUGUCAACCUGCUCGAGAAGCGCGCGGCUCCAGACCCAGAAAACCCCACCAAAAAGCCCAUCAGGAAUAUUCUUGUCGACACUCCUGGACAGAUCGAGGUCUUCGUCUGGUCCGCCAGCGGUACCAUCCUUCUCGAGUCGCUCGCCUCUUCAUUCCCAACCGUUAUCGCCUAUGUCAUCGAUACACCAAGAACCACCUCCACAAGCACAUUCAUGAGCAACAUGCUGUACGCCUGCAGUAUCCUCUACAAGACCAAGCUCCCGAUGAUCCUGGUCUUCAACAAGACUGAUGUGCAAGACGCGAGCUUUGCGAAGGAGUGGAUGACAGACUUCGAGGCUUUCCAGGCCGCUCUCCAGCGUGACGAGAUGAGCGACGUGAUCGGAGGCUACGAGACAUCAGAGGGCGGCAGCGGGGGCAGUGGCUACAUGGGCAGUCUGCUCAACUCGAUGAGUCUGAUGCUGGAGGAGUUCUACGCCCAUCUCAGCUUCGUUCCCGUCAGCUCUCGUCUCGGCACGGGUAUGGACGAGUUCUUCGCGGCUGUGGAAGAGAAGGCGGAGGAGUUCAAGCAGGACUACCUCCCGGAGCUGCAGCGUAGGCGAAAUGAGCGGGAAGAGAAGAAGCGCCAGGCCCGUGAGCACGAGCUGGACAAGAUGAUGAAGGGCAUGUCGGUGGAUGCGGGCAAGAAGCCCAUGGUCAUCAAGCCCGUUGAAGACGACGAUGGCAUCGAUGUUGCCAGCGACGUCGAUGACGACGAUAUGCCGGAUGACGAGGACGACCGGGAAGGACUCCAGGCUCGUUACGAGGCGGCCAUGGAGGCCGAAGGCGAUUCCAUCAUGGCUGAUGGCAGUUUCGCCAAGUACCUGCACACGCGGCAGACGUGAUGGGACGGUGGGAACGGAACACAUUCAUGCGCAUAGGACGAAGCUUGGGCAGGAAGACGGCGUUUUAGACGGUUGCUGCAUUAUCAUGAGAUACCUCGAAAAGGAAGAACAGGUGCAG